UCGACCUAACUACAGCACAGAGGCACACAUCACCAAGUGCGGUAGCCAGGGACAGAAACAGAUAGAGAAGUCUUUUUGUAAAGCGAGAGCAUCUCAUCUCCCAGAGCCUUUGUUUAGCUGCACGAACUCGAGGCUCCAGCUAGCAAGGGAUCGAGGUUGGGGAUUGUUAAUCGGUUGGUGUUUGAGGUUGCAGCCAUGUCGCCCGUGCACGUCCCGGAGCUCGGCACCAACGGGUCCCGCCUGACCCUGAACCCUGCGCAGCGAGCGCUCAGUCGCGGCGCGCCGUCGGUGUCCACGCCCAGGUCACCUUCUCCGGCCUACGGGAGCAUCGUCACCGUGCUGAGCAUCGACGGCGGCGGCGUUCGCGGGAUCAUCCCCGGCACCAUCCUCGGCUUCCUCGAAGAAAAGCUGCAGGAGCUUGAUGGAUCGGACGCGAGGAUCGCGGACUACUUUGACGUGAUCGCCGGGACGAGCACCGGAGGGCUGGUGACCGCCAUGCUCACAGCGCCCAACGAGAAGGGCCGCCCGCUCUUCUCCGCCAAGGACAUUAACAACUUCUACCUCGAGCACUGCCCCAAGAUCUUCCCUGUCGUCAGCGGCGGGCUUCUGGGGUCAUUGAAGAGCAUUUUGGGGCCAAAGUACAACGGCAAGUACCUCCACUCCAUCGUGCGGAAGCUCCUCGGCGAGACGCGGGUCAGCCAGGCGCUCCAGAACAUCGUCAUCCCCACCUUCGACAUCAAGCUCCUCCAGCCCACCGUCUUCUCCAGAUACGACGCCAAGAGCGAUGUCUCCAAGGACGCUCUGCUGUCCGACGUGUGCAUCAGCACCUCCGCCGCGCCGACGUACCUCCCAGGUCACCAGUUCCAGACCAUGGACAAGGACGGCAAUCCCCGGGCCUUCAACCUCAUCGACGGAGGCGUCGCCGCAAACAAUCCGACGCUGCUGGCGAUGACGCACGUGAGCAAGCAGAUCCUCCUGGGCAACCAGGACUUCUUCCCGAUCAAGCCGGCGGACUACGGCAAGUUCAUGGUCCUGUCCCUGGGCACCGGCUCCUCCAAAAUCGAGGAAAAGUUCGACGCCGUGCAGUCCAGCAAGUGGGGCGUCCUCGGGUGGCUCUACAACAAGGGCGCCACGCCGCUGAUCGACAGCUUCAGCCAGGCCAGCGCCGACCUCGUCGACAUCCACGCCUCCGUGUUCUUCCAGGCCCUGCACUGCGACAAGCGGUACCUCCGGAUCCAGGACGACGAGCUCAAGGGCGACACGGCGUCCGUCGACGUGUCCACCAAGGAGAACCUGAACCGCCUCGUCGACGUCGGCAAGGGGCUGCUGAAGAAGCCGGUGUGCAUGGUGAACGUCGAGACCGGGAAGAACGAGCCUGACCCGCACAGGGGCACCAACGAGGAGGAGCUGGUCCGUUUCGCCCGGAUGCUAUCCAAUGAGCGCCGGGCCAGGCUCCAGAAGAAAGGCGACAUCAAACAGUAAACAUGGAUGGGACGGGAGAAUACUUGUGUCAAAAAUUUAUGCCAUAAAUACCCUGUAUUAAUUCCUUCGUUAAUUAUCAUGUUCUUGUGUCCA